AACCAGGAUUUAUUUUUGUUGAAGUAUGGCUACGGGAGUCUACCAUUCUUCAAUGCACAGAGCCUAUAGAGACAGAGCUGCGCUCAUAUUGAAAGAUAGGCCGGAUAUUUAAAAGGGUGUUCAAUUCUAUGCAAAUAAUUCAUUUUACAAAGUGGGAUUAUAUUCCAAUGUAUUACAAACCAAGACCUUGACGAAGUUCAAGGGAUCAUCAUUCAUGGAAAUGAGGAUUCUAAUGAAGAUUAAGGUAUUUCUAUGGCGGGGGCUUCUGCUUUCCUUCGUCCUGGUGAAGACAAUAGAAGCGCAGACGCGCUACACCAUCCCCGAGGAGCUGAAUGUGGGAUCCGUUGUUGGGAAUAUAGCUAAGGAUCUGGGUUUGCAAGUGUCUGAGAUUUCCGAUCGUAAACUUAGAAUAGCUUCCGAGGGUGGUAAGCAGUAUUUCAGUGUGGAUUUGGGAAAAGGCGAGCUCUUUGUUAAUGAGAGGAUAGACAGAGAAAGUCUGUGUGGAGGAAAUGCCAAUUGUCUGUUGCCUUUAGAGGCUAUUAUAGAAAACCCACUACAGUUGUAUCGUGUUGAGAUCGAAAUACAGGAUAUAAAUGACAAUUCCCCAGUAUUUCAAAGCAAUAUAAAUGUUUUAAAUAUUGCGGAGCACACACUACCAGGCGCAAGAUUUCGUUUAGAAUCAGCACAGGACCCCGACGUUGGCUCCAAUUCUUUACGCACAUAUACACUUAGUAAAAAUGAACAUUUUGUGCUAGAUAUUAAAACAAAUAAAGAUGGGUCAAAAGUAUCCGAAUUGAUUUUAGAAAAGGUAUUGGACAGAGAAAAACAGUCCGUACACAGCCUGCUUCUAACAGCUGUAGAUGGUGGAAAUCCUGCUAGAUCAGGCACAGCGGAAAUUAUUAUUCGGGUACAAGACAUAAACGAUAAUGCACCCAUAUUUGAGGAAAGUGGAUAUGAUAUCCAAGUGGUUGAAAAUACACAACCAGGAACUAUCGUUGUCACUGUAAAAGCAGUCGAUCGUGAUGAUGGAGUCAAUCGUGAGAUCGUUUACUCAUUUGGUCCACACACCUCAGAGUUGCUACAGAACCUUUUAUCUGUUGAUCCCCAAACUGGCGAAAUAAAGGUUAAGGGAGAGAUAGAUUAUGAAGAGAGAAAUUCGUUUAAAAUGGAUGUUCUUGCCACAGACAAAGGCAUUCCACCAAUGCAAGGCCUCUGUACUAUUCAUAUUGAAAUUAUGGAUUUGAAUGACAAUUCCCCAGAAAUAAUUUUAAAGUCUCAGCCUAGCCCUGUUCGUGAAGACGCGCCUGUUGGAACAGUUGUAGCUUUGAUAAGUGCCAAGGACAUAGACUCUGGAGAGAAUGGCAAGGUCUACUUGAAUAUAGCGCCAGGCUUACCAUUUAAAUUGAAACAUUCUGUAUCUAACAACUACGCUUUGGUUACGGACUCCAGUUUGGAUAGAGAAACAAAUCCAGAGUACACUUUCGAAAUUAAAGCUUCUGACUCCGGAACACCGUCUCUCAACUCCAGAAAAACAAUCAAUGUUCGUAUUUUGGAUGUCAAUGACAACCCUCCAGUUUUCUCCCAGCCCUCUUACACUGUUUAUGUCAGAGAGAACAAUGCUGCUGGAUCAAUAAUGUGUUCAGUGUCCGCUUCAGAUCCAGACAUAGGAGAAAAUGCCAAGAUAUAUUUUUCUAUAUUAGACUCUAAAGUGCAAGACGUGUCUGUCUCCUCCUAUAUUUACAUAAACUCAGACAACGGCAGCAUCUACAGCAUGCAUUCGUUUGACUAUGAGAAACUGAAGGUGUUUCAGAUCCAGGUACAGGCAAAAGACCACGGCUCUCCGUCUCUGAACAGCAACGCCACAGUUCAUGUUUUUAUUCUGGACCAGAACGACAAUGCUCCCGCUGUUAUUUACCCAUCCGCUGUCAUGGGCUCUGUCUCCCAUCAGAAGAUGCCCCGGUCCGCUAAAGCAGGCCACCUCACAACUAAGAUAUCGGCAGUGGACGCAGACUCGGGCCAUAACGCCUGGAUUUCCUAUAGGCUAGCGGAGGCCACAGACUCGUCUCUGUUCAGUGUGAAUCUUUACACAGGGGAGGUGAGGACUAAACGCCCUGUUUCAGAGCAGGAUGACUCAUCUCAGAGUCUGCUUAUAGAGAUAAAGGACAAUGGGGAACCGGCCCAGUCCACCACAGUCACAGUCAACAUACUGUUAGAGGACGGGCUCCACGAACCCAUCUCGGAUUUCCGCCAGAAAACAGCGGAGCCCAUCAUGAGAAACAGUAAAAUCACCUUUUAUUUGAUCAUCUCCCUGGCCUCAGUGUCUGUGUUGUCUUUGUUGACUUUUCUCAUUUUAGUGGCGAAGUGCGUUAGAAACAGUAGGAAUAGCUCGAGUUGCUGUAUCAGACGGGCUGAUUCUGACGGAUACAAGAAUCCCAACAGAAACCUGCAGCUCCAGCUCAAUACUGACGGCCCUAUUAAGUAUGUGGAGGUCCUGGGAGGGGACAUGUUGUCUCAGAGCCAGUCCUUCAGGUCGUGUCUCUCUCCAGUGUCAGAGUUCAGUGAUUUCACCCUCGUUAAGCCCAGUAGCACCACUGACUUGAAGGAGAUGAUCAACGUGCUUGAUGCAUCAUUACCUGAUAGCGCGUGGACGUUCGAGAGCCAGCAGCAAAAACCACCCAACAAUGACUGGCGCUUUACCCAGCAGGGACAAAGACCUGGACCCAGUGGACAGUACACAUUGGUGCCCCACUACUCUACGCACAGAUCCAAUAACACUGGCACUACUGACCGGCUGAAUAAUGGCACGUACAGGUACAGCACCAGCACCCAGCAGAGAUGGACACCGUACGGCAAGGCGAGAGCCGGCCCCCAUCCUGAGGGGGCAGGUGGUGCCGUAGUUGGAACAGGACCCUGGCCCAACCCCCCCACUGAGGCUGAACAGCUCCAGGCUCUGAUGGCUGCUGCCAACGAGGUGAGUGACGCGACAGCAACCCUUGGCCCUCGCUACAAUGCCCAGUUCCCCAUGCAGCAUGUGCCCGAUUACCGCCAGAACGUCUACAUCCCCGGCAGCACGGCCACCCUGACGGCCAACCCCCAGCAGAUGAUGCCCCAGCAGGCCUUGCAGGGCCCACCUCAGGUCAUACCCCAGGUGGACAUCCCCAACGCUGGCCAGACCCCCGCCAGCAAGAAGAAGUCCACCAAGAAGGACAAGAAGUAAGCCAAGCUAACACCAAGCCCCAUCGCCACAGAAACCAAGACCCUGCCCCCCCAUACUACAGAGUAUCCUCUCUCAUUGGAAGCCUUGAUCUUUGUUUUUCUUAAACCAUUCAAUCUGAUAGUCCCAGCAUUUUGGAUGUUAGUGAGCAUAUGUCACUUUGCAAAUGUUUGUUAUGGGCAUUCACUGUACUUCUUGCUUCUAUGGUCAUCACAGCUUACUUCAGGCAGAGGUUAUUGGUGUGUUGUAUGUGGGGUGGGAGGGGGAGGAAGACUACAUUAGAUGUGUAUUGGAUCCAGAUGGAUUUCAGGGACCUGGAAUUCAUGUAGUGACCUAGCUCUGUAUUAUAGCAUUCUAAAGAAAAUCAAAAAAAAAAAAAACAAUCUAAUGGUUUGUUUUAUUAAACCAUUUGAUGUUUCUCGAAAAUGACAAGUAGUUGCUUCUUAUGGUGACACAAAUUACACGUACACCUUUUUGUUAGGCUUCUUUAGAGAACUUGUUUUAGCUCUUUUAAGGGAUGAAAUAGACAAGACGCAUGAUUCAUCCUUAAGAUGAAGAACCACAGAAGAUUACACUAACAUACAUUUGAAGAAAGAGACUAGCUCAAUUUCAUCACAAAAGUACCAAUGUCAUGAGAAUGCAUACUGUAGCGUUAACAUUUUAAAAUGCCUCUAAGGUUCAAUUUAGUUAUUUGACUAGUAAGCAAAAUAACAGAUGCUGAUUUAAUGUUACUUACAAUGGUGACCAUCAAAGUAUAUCCAGCUGCUUUUUAAAAUCUUGCCCAAGCAGGAUUCUGUGGUUAUUUAGAUCAUUUGAGCCACGAUUGUAACCUUUUUCCAUCAUUAUUGGUAGAAUCCUGUAGAGUGGCAUUAAAGCUUAACUUUGUUCAUAUAAUGUAACAUUGUAAAGAUCGAUCAGUGUUUUUUUGACUUAGAACCAGCAUUAUUUAGAUAUUGUGUCAGCGUUGUUGUAACGUUGUAUCAGCAUUAUGCCGGGCUGGCCCUGUGUGAUUGGCUCUGCACUGUGGACUUCUCUAAGGCUCAUAGACAGAGUCCUGUGACCACGUCCCCAGGGUUGGGUGUGUGGUAAGGGCAGAGGGAGGGGAUAGGGUUGCCAGUCUUUGUCCUCUUGCCACAUGUACAGUAUCUCUCCGGCUUUGACAGCCUGUAAAUGUGCUCUCAUCACGUCUUCAGUUCUCAGUCUUAAUUCCUCAGUUCUCUAAGGAGAACCUUGACCAGACCACAUGUUCAGUACACUACAACUCCAUGCACUGGAUGUUCUGUAAGGACAGUUUACAGAAGCCUCUGGAGAAGCCUUGUAGCGGCAUUCAGGGCCAUAUCAGGACCAUGGACAGAGACCACCUCCCGCUCCCCCUCCUAGCAGCAGUCUGGGGCACAGAUAAUGUUUUCAGCCCAUCCUUUAACCUGCCAUCCCCCCAGAUGCACAGACACUCUGCCCCCAUGUAAAUAAGACACAUAGCUAGUCUGUAUGAAUCUUAGAGAGACACAUCACUCUCUCACAACAACCACACAGCUGGCUAGUACUGGAAUGUUUCGAAUAUUUUUCAACUAAAAAAAAUCUGAUUUAAAAAAUGAAAGAAAUAAGUGUUUCAGAUUAAAUGUAGUAGUGUAGUGACUAAGAGUUGAGCUCGCUGACUUAACCAAGCUGUAAAUAAAACUAAAACUUUAAAAGACAGUCGUAGCUAGAGGCUUGUGAAAUUUGUUGUGCAUAUUUUUGUGUUUUCUCUCUAUCGCAUUCUUUCUUUGGUCACUCCAAACUUUAAAGCAUAACACACAACACUUAAAUGUCUUUAAAGUGUGAUUCCAUUUCCCUGUACCUCUUCCUGUGUUUGUGACUUUAAUCAAUUGUUAUGCUACUGGAAUGCCACCCUUGCUCAUAUGAAUAUAAAUAUAUAUGCAUCUUCUGCUGGAAUAAUCCUCUAUAUUCUAUUGUAUUAUCUUUCGUAUUAAAUUGCUUAGCGCUUCUCCCUGUUACACUCUUAUUUUAUACGCUAAUAUUUAUAUUGCUGUUUAUUUGUUUGUUUUUUUGUUUACUCUUUGAACACUGACAUUUCCAAAUAAAAAUGUAUUCUAAAAUCA